AUGUUUAAAUUAAAUAUAUUGCAUGUGCUUAUGUUAUUAAUCGUGGCCAGAGAAAUCAGCUCCCAAAAUAUAAGUGUUACAUUACCUCUAAACAAAACAAUAUCAUGGGGUAACAAGCAACUUUAUGGCGACUUUGCCAAUCUCAAUGCAUCUUCAACGUUACAAGUUGACUUUAUGAAUAUCAACAAAAAUGUAUCGUACAUAAUAUUUCAAGUACAUAGCCACAUACAUAAUGUGACUUUAUAUAAUAACACUUAUGUAAAAGGUUCAUAUGUAUCUGGCACUAAUGUUGGAUUGUACAGCAAUGUCAAACCAAAGCCGGAAACAUUUUUCAUUUACAAUCCGAAUAAGAUAGACUUGAAAUUGUACUUGACUGUGCAUGGAUAUGAUAAUAAAGACCCAAUACCAGGUGGUUGCAAUAUGGAAUUUUCCACACCAAUAUCACCGUAUAUCAAAACAUCUUAUAAUAAAGAUUAUGUGUUAGUCGAUGCAGCAGCGGCUAGAGAUCCAUCAGACAAGGAUUGUAAUUUCUUAGAAAAAGCUGUUGUUUUUUUCUAUCAAAUGUACUUACCUGAGAGAAACUUUGAUGCCGAUACUUAUUUUGAUGGUAUAAAAAAUAUGAUGACAAUGGAUGGUAUUGAUGAUUUUGGAGAAUAUCUCCCUCAAAACGGUGAUCGCAUGCGUCGUAUGAUGAGUGCGUAUCCCGGCACCGGCGUAGUAUACGUCGCUGUAGCUAUUAGUACUGAGAAUACUAGCGCCUAUUCGGUAUACGUACCGACGUACUCUUACGCUUGCUCACCUCUAGUUGAAGGCGGUUGUGAGUUAUUAGAUGAUGUCCUGUCACAAGUUCUGUGUGCCUCGUUGUUCUUUCUCGGCCUAUUUAUGUGUUUCUUCGGACAUAGAUUCUUCAAGACUGAAAUGUUUCUAGUUGGUCUAGCGAGCGGAGUGAUUAUUACGUACAUUUUUAUUUCACUCGCCGCUGAUCUUGAUCGACCGGCAUUGUUAGGCGCUUCUGUCUUAUCCGGUGUAUGUUUCGGAGCUAUUUGGUUGCUGUUCUGGUGGUUUUAUGGCAUACCAGUAAUAGCUGUUAUGUUGCCUACAUUGAACGUCGGCUUCUUAUUCUCCGCCAUCAUUUACUAUGGAUUGCCAGGUGGUCUAACAGCCCUACAGUUAGACCUUAACUUUUGGACCCUAUUUGUUCUCGUUAUGUUAAUGACGUCACUGAUGCUAGCUUCUAUGACGUUUCUCUCGAACAUAUUGUGCUGUUCAAUACUUGGCGCGUACGCAACUAUAUACCCAAUAGAUUAUUAUUUAGGGUCAAGUUUGAAAUACAUAGUCAUAAACACGGUACGAAGGGCCGUUGUACCGCAGUUCAAUAAAGCAAUACUGUCACCGCCUUACCAAUGGAGGGAUGCACUGAUAACGUUACUAUGGGUUGCUCUAGCAACUUCCGGUUUCCUAUUCCAAAAUAUCCACAACAGAGGCAGACCGCCUUUCCCCCCACCGCCUAGGAAUGUUAGACCCUUACCAUCACAUUUGUAUUAUGGUACAGCGGAACCUAGCACACGACGGCUCGCACCAUCAGCUGUUGCUGCACCAGCUAUUGGAACUGAACGGACACCCCUUUUAGCUUAAGAUAAAAUAAAAAUAAUUAUGUUUAUGGUCUA